CUUAUCUUUGUGGUGGACAGCAACGACAGGGAGCGAGUGAACGAGGCGAGGGAGGAGUUGCAGAGAAUGCUCGCAGAGGACGAGCUGAGAGAUGCCGUGCUGCUCGUUUUUGCAAACAAACAGGUGAGCUUGGUUACUUUGUUCAAAGGAGAGUGUUCAUAUCUGAAUUCUGACUGCCUUACCUCCUUGUAGUGCUCUUUGCUCCUGCUAAACAUUAUAUGAGUGGACCAUACUCAUUGACCAUGCACACACAAUCAUUAUUUGCAUUGCCAACCCCUUGCACUAUGACUGGGCUUGAGUAAGAUAUUAUUAAUUGCACAGUGUGUUACAUAUAUAUAAUUUGAACCCCGUUUCUCAGGACCUUCCCAAUGCAAUGAAUGCUGCAGAGAUCACAGACAAGCUGGGGCUCCACGCUCUCCGCCAGCGCAGCUGGUACAUCCAGGCCACCUGCGCUACCAGCGGGGACGGCCUCUACGAGGGCCUCGACUGGCUCUCCAACCAGCUCAAGAACCAGAAAUGA